GGAAAAUGGCGGCCGCCGAAGGGGGCUGGUGCUUGUGCAAGUUACUGAGGUUUUUUUGUUCAUUAUUCUUCCCUGGACUAAUUGUGAGUGGAACACUGUGUCUGUGCUUGGUCAUUUUCCUCUGGGGAGUCAGACUGCUGCUUCAGAGAAAGAAAAAGUCCGAGAUAACCAACAAACCUGGGAAAAAUCAAAGGGUGAUUGCAUUUUUCCACCCAUACUGCAAUGCUGGCGGCGGCGGUGAGCGGGUGCUGUGGUGCGCCUUAAGGGCCCUGCAGAAAAAGUAUCCUGAAGCAGCUUAUGUUGUUUAUACCGGAGAUGUCAACGUCAGUGGUGACCAGAUCCUGGAAGGUGCUUUCCGAAGAUUUAACAUCAGAUUACCCCGUCCAGUGACGUUUGUUUUCCUAAAGAAGCGCUACCUAGUGGAAGAUUCACUCUACCCCCACUUCACAUUGCUGGGCCAAAGCCUAGGGUCCAUAUUCCUCGGCUGGGAAGCUCUGAUGCAGUGUGUUCCUGAUGUGUACAUCGAUUCCAUGGGCUAUGCCUUCACACUUCCUUUGUUUAAGUACAUAGGGGGCUGCCGAGUCGGAAGCUACGUCCAUUAUCCCACCAUCAGCACUGACAUGCUCUCCGUAGUGAGGAAUCAGAAUGCCGGAUUUAAUAACUCAGCCUUCAUCACCAAGAAUCCCUUUCUCAGCAAAGUGAAGCUUAUCUACUACUAUCUAUUUGCUUUCAUGUAUGGAUUCGUUGGGUCUUGUAGUGAUGUGGUCAUGGUCAACUCUUCAUGGACACUAAACCACAUUCUCUCCCUGUGGAAGGUGGGGAGUUGCACCAACAUUGUGUAUCCACCUUGCGAUGUACAGACUUUUCUAGACAUUUCCUUACAUGAGAAGAAGACAACCCCAGGACACCUGAUGGUUUCCGUUGGCCAGUUCAGGCCUGAGAAGAAUCAUCCAUUGCAGAUCCGAGCCUUUGCCAAGUUGCUAAGCAAGAAGGUGGCACAGCCACUUCCUUCCAUUAAACUUGUCCUCAUUGGGGGUUGUCGGAACAAAGAUGAUGAACUUCGAGUUAAUCAACUGAGAAAGCUAUCUGAGGACCUAGGAGUGCAAGACAAUGUGGAAUUUAAAAUCAACAUUCCGUUUGAAGAGUUAAAGAAGUACUUAUCUGAAGCAACCAUUGGUCUUCAUAGCAUGUGGAACGAGCAUUUUGGGAUUGCACUGAGUCUCAGAGGCUGGCAGGUAGCUGAUUCAAGAGGCCAGAGUGAGAGCAUCCGUAUCAGCUGUUCUGAGAAUAGAGAUGUGGCAUGUACACCUGCAGGUCAGUGUCAUCAGCACCAUGCCUUGUCACGUGGCCUGGGGACAUUUCAAAAGGAGUGCAGGAAGCAUGGGUAGAAUGCCUGAGCCUAACCAUUAUAUACACAUCUGACUUUUGACACCAAAGCUGCCAUUCCUGAAGCUCAGAUGCCUCAUCCCUAAUCUGCGAACAUCAAUACCUGCCCUCAGUACCUUUCAGACUUGUGGGAGUGAGAUCCAGAGUAUGUGAAAGUACUUGGAAAAAUAGGCGAUGUAAUUAACGGUAAUAAUAUAGCAAAUAAAUAUCUUCUGUGAUCCUAUCUUUAUCCAUGCAUCACAAUUCUCUAUAGAUUCUUGGUUCCUAAGCCAGUAUCUAAGAAUUGAUCAUGCAUUUAGCAGAACUUCUAUCCUGAAAAAAGUUAGCAUGGAAAAUUGAAUCUUUGUUUCUGCAGACAUGGCUAAAAAGACCAAUAUAGAAGGAGCUUUUGCCAUUUUCAGCAUGCAUGACUAAUUCCCUCGAGUUCAGUGAAAUGACCUCCUUUCCAUUCCUAUAUAACUUCGAGUUAGGGACAUGUCAAGGAGAUCUAUCAUUCCUUCCCUCUAAUCUCUCAUGUAGUUGCCAGCUGGGAGCUCCUGAGACACACGGAAUAACUGCUCAAGACAGGAGAUUGAGUCAUGAGGGAAAGACAGAGGUACUCAUAAGAGAUAAGACCUCUCGAGCUUCUCUGCUCACUGGGUUUUAUUGUAAAACCUCCCAAAGGAGGGAGUUUACAAGUAGAGUUUAAACUCGGGGGCUGUUCUAGGGCACAACAACUUCAGGCUCAAGAUGGUCUCAUGGUUCAUAACUAACAAACAUCCUGACCUGGGGGAGUCCCUUCUCUUUGCAACAAGGAAUCUCCCCAUCACUCAACAUGUGUGUUCAGUUCUCCUAACACUUGCAAGCAACCACACACUCUAGGUUUACUCAAAGUCUUUGUACCCAAGUAACCCUCCCAGGAGAAACAGGACAAUGUUUCCCCAUAGGAGGCCUGUGGUGCAGUGGUUUUUUUGUUGGACUGCUAACCACAAGGUUAGCAAUUCUAAGCCACA